CACCCCACCCCACUCCACUCCAAUUGCUUGCUAUAUCCUCCACUCUAUUCCUCUCUUUUAUUUAUUUAUUUAUCUUUCUAUCAUUUGCUUACGCCCAACAGACAAAAUUUGGUUUCAAUAGAUACACAGAGACAGACACACGCACGAACACUUGGGGAUAACACAGAGAUAACUGAGAGAGGAAGAAGAAGAAGAAGAGCAGAUUUUGAUGGGUAAUUACAGGUUUAGGUUAUCUGAUAUGAUGCCUAAUGCUUGGUUUUACAAGCUUAGAGAAAUGGGCAAAACCAAAAACCAUAGUAACAUCGCUACCACUACCGCUUCUACUCAUCCCAUCAAGAAAAAAAAAACAACAACGGCAACAUCAGUUGCUACUGAUGCUGCUGUAAUUGCACAGCCAUCCAGAGCAUCCAAAACAAAGCAAACCCAUAACCACCACCACCACUACUCUUCUUAUCCAAGAAAGUCUUACCAUGUUACUAGAGAGCUUAUCCCGAGUAAUCAAAGAUUCCACAAUUCUCCUACAGACUCCAAAUAUACAGACACUCAGUUCGCUGACCCACCAAGAAAAUCCUCCAAACGAAGACUAGCCAAGAGAAGAGCCGCCGUCAGGUACUCUUCUCCCAAGCUUGUUACCUCCUCUGUUUCUGCCGAUUGCAGUUGCCGUGCCACUGCUCCGCUUUGGACUAAACCUUCAGAUUCUCCGCCGGAUUACUCCGCAUCAAGUUCUGAUAGCUCUCGUGAUGAGUCAUCAGACCUCUGCGAAGAUGACUCAUUUCCUCCAGAAUUCAGGUCUGAUGGCGUUCUUGCAACUGAAUCGUUUGAUAAGAAGAUGGAAUGGCCGCGUUCUUGUGGCUGUAAAGUCGUUUUUGAUGGCAUUGACGAUGACAUUAUCAUUGAUGUGGACAAGAAAUCUCUUGGUACUAAAUUCGAUAAGCUAGAUAUAUCCGAUCUUGAUCUUCCACCAAUCAUAACAAAGCCUGAUAAAUUCGACGACCACGAUAAUAAUAAGGAUACCAAAAAGAAAACAUCCAAGUACAGAAAUACUACUUCAGCUAAAUACCAGGAAAAGAAUGCUCAUGAUUCUUUAUUAUCAGUCAAGGUAGUGAAACAAGAGACUGUAGUAACCAUGAAAGAACACAAGAGCAGUAGUUCUUCUAUUAAGAGACAUUCUUUGAAUUCUCCAGGACUCAGACUUCGAGUUAAUUCUCCAAGAAUUGCAGUAAGCAGGAGAGUUCAGGCUGGUAGAAAGAGUGUGUCAUCGUCAAAUUCUAGCUCAAGCUCAAGGAGAAGUCUUUCUGAUAGCCUUGCAAUCGUGAAAUCUUCAUGUGAUCCUCAAAAAGAUUUCAGGGAAUCAAUGUUGGAAAUGAUCGUGGAAAAUAAUAUCAGGGCAUCAAAAGAUUUAGAAGACCUACUUGCUUGCUAUCUUUCCUUAAAUUCAGAUGAGUAUCACGAUCUUAUCAUCAAGGUAUUCAAGCAAAUCUGGUUCGAUUUGACUGGAACACCGUCCAAGUAAUUUCUUCUCUUUUUUAUCUUUUUCUUUCUUCUUCUUUUCUUUUUUGUUUUUCCUCUGGUUAUCCUUUGAAUAACCUUUCUCAUUAUAUAAAAAUUUGAUAUAAAUCAAGUGUCAAGGAAGGUGGAGAAGUAAAGAACAGAGUGUUCUUUACUAAUUAGCAUGCAGCAAUUAAUUACAAGUAGAAUUUGCAUA